AUGGCUGUCUUUGAAGUAUAUUCACAUCCAGUGGUUGUGCGGUACAGAGCAAGUAUUUGCACAAAGACUACUAUUUUUAUGUUUAUAGUAUUUGGAUUGACAUUAGUAGUACCUUUUCUUGUAGCAUACACCAGUGAAGGUUUUUGGGUUAAGCAGAGUGUUUAUCUUGAACAGCCAUAUGUUUCUUACAAGCAUCAACUGUUGAUGGUCUUGGAGGGUACCACAGCUACUGAAUACUUGGUAUGGAGUACAUACCAUAAUUAUAAUAUGUUAGAACAGCAACGACUCAGAAUACCAAUUGUUAAGUCUCGUGAAGAAGAUACUAAUCGAGAUGGUAAACCAGAUAAAUUGUUGAUCAAUAUCGAGACUCCAAUGUUGGACACUGAACAGGUCUAUUCUCUGCAUCUACUUGUGAUCUUUGAGUAUCAGUUAUUUAGAUUUAGUAGUUUAACCAUGGAGAGUAUGGCAUAUAUCCAUUACAACUCUCCCAGACCUGGUGCUAUGUUUACUGUUGAUGGGGAAUUGCAAUUUAAGCAGAAUUAUCCACUACCACAUCGAGGGAUAGUUGACACAUACAAUUAUCCGGUGAUCAAUGGAGAUAGUAUUUAUGCUGCUGAUUAUCAGCUUACUAACAUAUUCAGAGACUACAUGGAUAGAAAUGAGAGUACUACGUUUGUGAGUGCAUAUCCAGUAUGGGUCAGCGGCAAAGGUGCUGGUAAACCAUUUAUUAUUCAAGCUACUAUCAGAUAUCCAGAAGAAACUAUUCUAUACUAUCCAGGGUUUUGGCAGCUGAUCAAGUUGGCAUGGAUACAGUACUUGGCUGUUCUUCUUAUCUUUAUAUUUAUCUUUGGGAGACUCAAGACAUUUGUUUUCCAGAAUCACAUCCUUCAAGCGGCAAUUGAACGACCAUUCAAACUACGAUCGGAGUAACUUCAAUGUGUAUGCCAAGUACAACAUUUAUCUGCAUUGUAAAUCACAGCAGGACUCUCUGGUAGAGCUGUGAAGAUAGGUUAAAGUGCCAAUGUUCACCAUGCAGCACGUGUUUGAAUUUCGGGUAAACAAUGUAUUUGACAUGUGUUGUACAUGUUGAAUGGGACCCAACGACUGUGGGUGGCAUUUUGAUUUGUAUGUAUCGCUGCUGAUAAAAUAGAAAUUGAAUGGCAAUUUUAUUAAUAUUGAUUCUGGAAUGUUAGCUAAGCAUGCAAAUAAUGGUACAUGUGGUCUACCAACACAUAAUUUACAAAGGAAGGAUAUUUUUUUGGAGCAUACUGUGGAAUACUUUAUUUUCACUGGAAUUAAUUUU